AUGUGCUGCUCCCCUUGCUGCCAGCCCACCUGCUGUGGGUCCAGCUGUUGUGGAUCCAGCUGUAGCUGCUGCCCAUGCUGUGUGUCUAGCUGCUGUCAGCCUUGCUGCCGCCCAUGCUGUGGGUCCAGCUGCUGCCAGCCUUGCUGCAGCCCAUGCUGUGGAUCCAGCUGCUGCCAGCCUUGCUGCCACCCAUGCUGUGUGUCCAGCUGCUGCCAGCCUUGCUGCCGCCCAUGCUGUGUGUCCAGCUGCUGCCAGCCUUGCUGCUGUCCAAUUUGGUGUCAGACCACCUGCUGUAAAACCACCUGCUGUCGGCCUACCUGCUGCUGCCGCCCUUGCUGUGUAUCCAGCUGCUGUCAGCCUUGCUGUUGCUGA